ACGUAUCGAAAGUCAACAAGCAGCGCGCUGUUUGUUAUUGUUGUUGCCGCUGUAAAUUACAGCAAUUGCCAAAAGAUUUCAUAAUUAACCCAAGCAGAAAAAGCGGCUGGCAACAUGGUCUUUAAAUGCCAGGAGGACAGCUUCCUUAAGGAGUUCCAGACGACGAUCGUCUCCUGUGAUUAUGCCACCCUAGACUUGGGCGGUGAGGACAACAACAGCUCGGAGAAACGUAAGUUGAGGGGCUUUAAUGUGGUCUGCGAGGACACCAUUCUGUUCCCCGAGGGCGGCGGUCAGCCCUGCGACUAUGGGACGAUCAAUGGUCAGCAGGUGCGCAGCGUUGUGCGCAAGGGAAGCACAGCCGUCCACUUUGUGGAGUCGAGCAGCAGCUUCGAGGAGGGCGCCGAGGUGCGACAGCGCUUGGAUUGGUCGCGUCGUCUGGAUCACAUGCAGCAACAUUCCGGUCAGCAUCUGAUAACCGCUUUAUUCGAUCGUGAAUUCAAAUACGACACAACCUCAUGGUCCCUGGGCUCUAGUGUCUCCUACAUCCAAUUGAGCACACCGCAUCUCAUCAGCCGGGAGUCACUGGACCUCAUUGAGCGACAGGCAAAUGAUCUAAUACGCGAGGGUCGUCCAGUUAGCGUUGUCUUGGUGGAUCCAGAGGCUGCCCUGGAAUUCCAGGAUGCACGUGCUCCCCGUGGUCUGCCCAAGGAUCACGAGGGACUGGCGCGUGUGGUGCGCAUUGAGGGCAUCGAGUCGAACAUGUGCUGUGGCACUCACGUCAACGAUCUGUCCCAGCUGCAGUGCAUCAAGCUGCUCUACGCCGAAAAGGUCAAGACAAACAUUCUCGUCUACUUUGUGGUGGGCGAACGUGCAAUGCGAAAGCUCGGCGAGCUCUUUCAACGGGAGCAACAGCUUACGGUGGCCCUCAAAGGCGGCGCUCAGCAGCAUCUGGACUUGGUGCAGAAGCUGCAGCAGAAUGUGAAAUCCACUCGCAAAUCGUUUCAACAGCUGCUCAAAGAUUUCGCCACGGCUGAGGCGGAGCGUCUCGAGAAUCUAACCAAAUCCAUGCGUCCCAAAUACUUUGUAUUGCAUCGACGCGACGGCAUCGAGGUGGACUUCAUCAACACAUUUCUGCGCAAUGCGCCGGAGGAGAUAUUCUAUUUUCUAACCGUAUCCGAGGGCAUCUCAGCUGGCAGCAGCGCCAAGGGACAUAUGGUGCUGCGGGGAGAACCGGCGUUGGUUCAAGAGAUGGGCCCAAAGUUUCUCGAGCUGCUCGAAGGCAAGGGCAAUGGCAAGGAGAACAAUUUCCAGGGCAAGAUUAACAAUCUAGCGAAUCUACAGGAAUGCACAGCACUACUGGAAUCCCACUUCAAGCCAAAGAAAUCGACUGUGGAGCCGACAGCAGCGAGUGCAUCGUAAACCAAGAAAACUUGUAUUACAAACAAUAAUUUGUACUAUUUAUUAUUCCUUUUUGAUGUACAAUUUGCGAUAUUAAACAGAGGUAACAAACAAUUCGUCGAUUGAUGAAGCCAUUAUCACAGA